UUGUCAAUCUUACAUUUUAUUCUUUUGGCAGCAUUGUAUUUCUCUUCCAGAACAAAAGUGUGACGAGCGUUUAUUUUAACAAAAUCUCUGAAAUAUAUUAAAUUAAAAUGUCGACGCUUGCUGCCGCUUUAUCCGUUGCAGGAACACGGUAUUCUGGAGCACCUGUUAGAACUCAAAAUGUAAUGGCAGCUGCCGCUAUAGCCAAUAUUGUAAAGAGUUCCCUUGGUCCGGUUGGUCUGGACAAGAUGCUGGUAGAUGACAUUGGUGAUGUCACAGUAACCAAUGAUGGUGCCACCAUAUUGAAAAUGCUGGAGGUUGAGCACCCAGCUGCUAAGGUAUUAGUGGAGCUGGCCCAGCUGCAAGAUGAGGAAGUAGGAGAUGGUACCACAUCUGUGGUCAUAAUAGCUGCAGAGUUGUUAAAGAAUGCAGAUGAACUCGUCAAAAACAAGAUUCAUCCAACCAGUGUUAUCUCAGGCUACAGGCUGGCUUGCAAAGAAGCUGUCAAAUACAUUCAGGACAAUUUGACUGUCACUGUGGAGUCCCUUGGAAGAGCUGCAAUCAUCAAUGCUGCCAAGACCACCAUGUCUUCAAAACUAAUUGGAGCUGAUGCAGACUUUUUCUCGGAAAUAGUAGUAGAUGCUGCGCAGGCCAUCAAGACAAACGACUCAAAGGGCAAUGCAGCGUAUCCCAUCAAGGCGGUGAACAUCCUCAAAGCACAUGGUAGAAGUGCUCGGGAGAGUGUGCUGGUUAAAGGCUAUGCCCUGAACUGCACUGUCGCCUCGCAGGCGAUGCCCAAGAAGAUAUUGAACGCCAAGAUCGCCUGCCUCGAUUUCUCGCUGCAGAAGACUAAGAUGAAGAUGGGCGUUCAGGUCCUGGUCUCAGACCCUGAGAAGCUGGAAGCUAUUCGCGCUCGAGAGCUGGACAUCACCAAGGAGAGGUUACAGAAGAUCCUAUCGACUGGGGUCAAUGUAAUACUAUGUUCCGGAGGCAUCGACGACUUAUGCCUAAAGUACUUCGUUGAGGCUGGAGCGAUGGGUGUGAGGCGAUGCAAGAAGAGUGAUUUGAAGAGGAUCGCCAAAGCUACUGGAGCCGCUUAUCUCACAUCUCUUACUAAUAUGGAUGGUGAAGAAGUAUUUGAAGCAAGCAUGGUUGGCGAAGCCGCUGAGGUGGUGCAGGAACAAAUCUGCGACGAUCAACUCAUAUUGAUUAAAGGACCCGUCGCGAGAACAGCUGCGUCCAUCAUUCUCCGGGGCCCCACGGACGCGUACUGUGAUGAGAUGGAACGAUCAGCUCACGACGCACUCUGCGCAGUGCGGAGGGUUCUGGAGUCGGGCCGCCUUGUGCCGGGAGGAGGCGCUGUGGAAGCCGCCCUGUCCAUAUACUUGGACAACUUCGCCACCACUUUGAGUUCCCGCGAGCAACUAGCGAUCGCAGCCUUCGCACAGUCGCUGCUGGUGAUCCCCAAGACGCUGGCGGUCAACGCAGCGAGGGACGCCACAGACCUCGUGGCCAAGCUUAGGGCCUACCACAACUCCUCACAGACUAAGGUGGAGCACGCAAACCUCAAAUGGGUAGGGCUGGAUCUACUCGAAGGUACCCUACGCGACAACCUCGCGGCGGGCGUGCUAGAACCCGCCAUAUCAAAGAUCAAAUCCCUCAAGUUUGCCACCGAGGCGGCGAUCACCAUCCUCCGCAUAGACGACAUGAUCAGACUAGACCCCGAGCAGAAGGGCAAGAGCUACGAGGAUGCGUGCAACGCCGGGGAGCUAGACUAGUGUACAUCUCUUCACAUUAUCAGUGCUUUAAUAAAGUAUUGAAAAGUAUUAUGCUUUUCGUCCAUCACAGGAACCAAGCUAGCCGUAAACGUUAUGUCAUUCAAAUCGUAAACACCCUCGAAACGUACUAUCGACUCUGGUGGAAUACGAUAUAACACUUUUGCUUCUACUGCCACCUCUUCGCGUAUGCCACGUAAAUCAGAUAUUUAGGCAAUUCAAAGGAUCAAAGCUAGUUAUGUCCCUACAGAAACCAAGCGAUUUGGCAUUCAGGUAGACGCCACAGGUUAGCCCGCUACCAUCUUGGAUGUUACAUCAUCUCUUACCACCGGAUAAAAUUCCGGCGAAAGCUAACUUUUCUAAAAAAAAAACUCCACAAGCUGUCUGUCGGCCGUGUCAAAACUAUACGCACGGUAGUUUGUAAGGACGUCAAAAUUGAGUAUUGUAACGUGAUAAGUCCAAGAUCUUUCGAGAAAUAUGUCUAGGCUGCACGCUGAUUUUCUUUAAUGCAGUUUGUGACGUAAAACUGCAUUAAAGAAAAUCGCUGUCACAAAUUAGGCUUCAUAAAUUGCACUUACGAGUCAUGCUAUUUGGAUGUCAUAACGAAUAAGGGCUCUGUUUUAUAACAAAAUGGUAGAAGUUAUUUGAAGAAACAUCAAAGAUGGAUUUACAUGGCCUUAUUCAAUAUUUAUAUUAAUACUUAAAUUUAUAAAUUAUACUAAUGUAAUUUACAUUAAUUUUUAUAAGUUACAUUGAUAAUACACGUUACUAUACGACACUUGAGUAAUUUAACGUCGAGUAAUAAACAAUUUAAACACCAGUGUAAAAAAUACCUUGUCGCUUUGCGUUAAGAUUGGAAAUACUACAGCAGGCAGAGACUCGUGUGCGUCACAAAUAGCAGCGCCAAUGACGUGUAUGCAAAAACGCGUAAAUAGAUUAUUAUGAUUGGCCAUGAUAUUUUGUAACUUACCAAAAAUAUUUUCUCGAGGUACUGUACUAAAAAUUCAAUCAUAUCACUGAGAACUUGUCGAUACACCUCAUAAUUUCACACGGUUUUAUUUUGUAUAACUGUCCAAAGAACAUAUUUAAUUUCCAGACUCAUAUUUGUUCGAAUAGAAUAAGUCAACACACGUAAAACAUGGGUCUUUGAAGAAUGUGUACGGACAUUGGAUAAAGGUGAAACGCGUAAAGGCUUUGCGACAAUUAAACUUAACUAAAAUCACGUUUUUGCCUUCAAAAUGCCUAGUGUGAGAUUUUCUGCCUCCUACUGAUUUACCUAAUCGAUAGCGUGGAAAAAGCGACAACUUGUGGCAAUACCAAUAAUUGUGGUUUCCCAAUAUUACUACUAGAUGGCGUUCUUUCGACUUUAUAUAAAUCGGAGUCGUCUAUCAGGCGCCGAAAUAAAAGCUACAGUCCAUUCACUAUAACUUGUCUCUAUAAUUUAGUGCUCGGUACAUCAAUAAGGUUGCAUUCAAAUAAUUACAGGGAUCUUUCACAAAAAUUAAAACAUAUAGUUGUUCUCUUUUUGAGGCAAAAGUCACAAUAUCCAAUGUUUGUAAAUGUAAUGCAUUUGUUUAUUAUAAUUAUUUUAACAGAGUAUGGUUUAGUUUCUUGCUUACAGCAUUAAUAAUAGGUUUAUAAUGCUAAGGCCUUUUUGGCAUAUUAUUAUAAAAUUAAUAAAAUAAUUUUUA